AUGCGCGCCCCCGGCUAUCGCGGGGUCCCCAACGUGCGCCCUGCGCAGCUGCUCCAGUUGCUGCUGCCGCUGCUGCUCGUACCGCUGUUGGGAGCACCCCGAGGCGCAGAGGCGGGCGCGUUGGCCGAGCUGCGGGUCCGCGUGCGGCUGCCCGACGGCCAGGUAACCGAGGAGAGCCUGCAAGCGGACAGCGACGCCGACAGCAUCAGCCUCGAGCUGCACCAGCCGGACGGCACCCUGGUCUCCUUCACUGCCGACUUCAAGAAGGACGUGAAGAUCUUCCGGGCCCUGAUCCUGGGGGAGCUGGAGAAGGGGCAGAGUCAGUUCCAGGCACUGUGCUUUGUCACUCGGCUGCAGCACAAUGAGAUCAUCCCGAGCGAUGCCAUGGCCAAGCUCCGGCAAAAAAACCCACGGGCCGUGCGGCAGGCAGAGGAAGUCCGGGGCUUGGAGCAGCUGCACAUGGACGUGGCCGUCAACUUCAGCCAGGGGAGCCUGCUGAGCCCCCACCUGCACAACGUGUGUGCCGAGGCUGCUGAUGCCAUCUACACCCGCCAGGAGGAUGCACGGUUCUGGCUGGAGCAAGGUGUGGACAGCUCUGUGUUCGAGGCUCUGCCCAAGACCUCCGAGCAGAUGUCGCUGCCUCGCUGCGGGCAGCUGGGCGACCGUGGGAAGGCCUGCAUGUGCCGCUACAGCCUGAGCCUGGCUUGGUACCCCUGCAUGCUCAAGUACUGCCACAGCCGUGACCGGCCAGCGCCCUACAAGUGCGGCAUCCGCAGCUGCCGCAAGAACUACAGCUUCCACUUCUACGUGCCUCAGAGGCAGCUGUGUCUCUGGGACGAAGACCCCUAGCCGGACUGGCCAGACAGAGUAGGCCUAGGGAAGGGGCCACCGUGGGUGCUGCCCCAGCCCCUGAGGCUGGGUUGCUCUUCCGUUCCCCCACUGGCCUAACCCUGGCACCCCUGGCCCUAUCUUCUGUGACUGUGAAGGGGUUGGUGUGGCAGCUCAGAGGGCCACAUCAGAAAGCAGCCUCCUGCCCCACUCCUCACCCUGCUCCCAGCCUGUGUCUUGCUGGGGACAGAGAGGGACAGGUGGGGUCCUCCAAGCUUGCACCCCAUCCCUUCCCCAUCCCUUCUCCAUCUCCCCUGAAGUGGUUCCUUUGAAGCAACCGAAAUGUGACAGUCUAAGUAUCUUCUCUGGAACACUUUCAGGGUUCCUGUCCUAAGGGAGCCUCUUCCUGCUCCGCCCACCCCUGCACACAGCUGGGAGGGGUGGGCUGCCGCACACCCUCCCCUCCCCAACAAAGGGGGCAAACUGCAGAGUCUUCUCAUUUCGGCCCCACCCCAGGGCCUCCUGUGUGGUGGUGGGCAGAGCCCCUGCCCCACCACAGACUCAGACUAACCGCGUGCCUUUCCCAGACCUGGACUUGGCCACUAAGAGUCCAUGCCAGCUCUGUCCCCUCCACGCCGAGAUAUUUUUUAAGGCUCUGGGGCAGGGAGGGAGAGUGAAGUAUGUGGAACACUUGAUUUCCAGAUUUUUAAUGCAAAGUAUUUAUCGUUUGUACCAGAAGUAAAAGUUUUAAGUUUGUACUUGGC